AUGGCUUUAAUCAGCGACGCAUUACGGCAAGCCUUCAUGCCGAAACACGAAUACGAAUCUCUUCGCGAAGAAGACAAAGCAUGGGUGAAAUUACAGCGACCGUUAUUGGUUUCUACAGUGGGAAUUAUUUGCCUAGUGAUAUUUGUUUCGACAACUGUGAGUUUUAAAAUUGUGUUUCCUGGCGAUGGUGGGAAGAGACCUUUUUGUAACGGUAACAGAUUGCAGCCAUUGCCGAUGAAAAAUGGUGGGGAUUCGGAUUUGUUUCCUGGCGCGUUUUAUUUAACGGAUCAGGAGACUGUUGAUUACUAUUGGAUGGUCGUUUUUGUUCCUUCAGUGAUUGUUUUCUUGGUUUCGCUUGCCUACCUUGUUGCAGGGAUGAAUGUUGCUUAUUCUGCUCCGGCAAGACAUGGAUGCUUGAAGGUGGUCGAAAAUAAUUACUGUGCGUCAAAAAGGGGUGGGGUGCGAUGUCUGUCCAUUUUGAAUGGUGUCUUUGCCAUUAUCUUUGGUCUCCUUGCCCUGUUUCUUGGUUCAAGCCUCCUGACACUGGGGAGUAGUUGUUCGUUGCCUUUGUUUUGGUGCUAUGAGAUUGCGACAUGGGGGCUAGUCAUUUUAUAUGCUGGAACAGCCAUCUUCUUAAGAAGGAAAGCUGCUCUGAUUCUUGACGAGAGUGACUUUGUUGGUCGAAACCUGGGUCUGGAAAUGUUGGAAGCCAACACUGUGGUGGUCUCUCCAGAUGUGGAAAGGCGUGUUAAUGAAGGUUUUAAGACUUGGAUGGGGUCAUCCCUCCUAUCUUCCGACGAAGAAGACGAACCUGACUGUUAUUCAGAAUCACCACAAGUCACUCGCACUUCUUCUAACAGACAAAGAGUAUGA